GCCCCGGCCGGUGGCAGUCUGGCUGACAGUCCCGAGCCGGUUGUCGGAUGGUGUACGACAAGCAAGUAUCCCAUCUGAUAUUAUAUGACUUUAUGACCUUUAUUAGACCAGAAACAUAUAUAAUUUGUCGUCGAUACGCCUUAUGAGCGUCUUCUAUCGAAAACUGGUCGGAAAUAUACAGUGUCUGUGUACGUUAAUGUGUCAUAUUUAGCUAGCUCACUUACACAUAAAGCUAGUGUUACCGUAAAGUAUUUAUUACCUUUUGUUAACACACUAUUAAAUUCAACUGGGCGGCAAUAACGGUAAAAUAAUGCGAACGGCGUUUUUGAGACACGUCCGUCGGUUUCCGUGGGUCACCAACGUUACACUGUACGGUUGUCUGUUCGCUGGCGGGGACUUCGUCCACCAGUGGUUUUCCCGGAAGGAGAAGAUGGACUGGAGCCACACACGGAACGUUGCCGUGAUCGCGUUCAGUUUCCAUGGUAACUUCAAUUUCUUCUGGAUGCGGUUCCUGGAGCGGAGGUUUCCCGGGAAUUCCGUCGGGAUGGUGAUGAGGAAGCUGCUCCUAGACCAGACUACAGCGGCACCCCUGGCUACCAGUGUCUUCUACACAGGUGUCAGCUUCUUGGAAGGCAAAGAGGACAUCACAGCAGACUGGAGAGAGAAAUUCCUGAAUACAUAUAAGACAGGGCUGAUGUUCUGGCCAUUUAUGCAGUUUCUCAACUUUGCCUUGGUGCCUCUGUACGUGCGGACCACCUUCACCGGCUGCUGUGCCUUCGUCUGGGCCACCUUCCUUUGCUUCUCACGUCAGAGUGGUGAUGGCACAGCCGGCGCUGCUCUGGCAUGGAUGUUCCCUCCUAAAGAGGAUGAAGCAGAAUCUACAAAGGAGAACGUAGACUCCAAGGAGAAGACGGACGCUCCCAAAGAGGGAACAGUAGCAUCUAAAUCCACUCAGAACUGAAAUAUGUAGAACCGGCCGUUGUAAUGGAGGGGGACAAACAAACAGGAGACAGCUGGUUCUGUGAUUGAUGCUGCACCAUCACUGCCAUGGUUUGAGUUCAAAAUCUCACUAAACUAAAAUGGAUAUCCUUAUGAGUCUGUAAGGUGCUUUAGGGAACAGCACCCAGCAAAUGUACUGAAUGUAUAUACAGUAUAUUUUUCAAUAUUCAUACAGCACAUCUCCUCAGUGGGAAUGUGUAAUUCAGCCCCACUUUAACAUCCCACAGUAAACUGUCGCCAUGCUGCGUUUCUCAUCAGGUUUUGUUUUUAUAAAAACAGUUCCCUUAUUUAAUUGGGACAUGUUUAAUGAUACUGGGAUGAUUUACGAGGACAUCUGUAUCUGGGACAGAAGCUGCGAGGAUGGGAGAGUGUAAACUUGAGUCCUCUGCUUUACAUCUAAAUGAAAAACUGGAAUGAGAGUGGGAAAUAAAUAUUUCCACAAUGUGGAGUGGCAGCUAACGUAUUAGCUUAGACUUUUAACUUCAUAAAAUUGGGCAAAUUGCUAAACUUUUAGAUAUCACUCUCUUUUUUUGUCUUUAUUACAAGUGCUUGGACUGUUAUCUGUGGCUGCUACAGAGUGCCUGAUCUCCAAGGACUAUCUGCUUCGGUUCCAGUUUACACUCUGGUACAGGAAGUGCCAAAUACAGAUGCACACAGGUACCUAUAACCUGUUAUAUUCUAGAGUAUGUUUGUUUGUUAUUAAUGUGUAGGUAGAUACUUUAUACAUAAGGGCCAUAAUGAGCUGAGCACACACGAGAUUCAGCGUAGGUUCACAAACAGUGUUGUUUAAAGCAACAACAACAACAAAACACUACAACAUAUCUGAAAAUACCUUUAUGAGUUCCACAGUUUCAACCAUUAUCCCAAAAAUAUACUACUGAAGAAUACUUUGAGUUUUGUCUAACAAUGGUUGAUGAAGGUUGUCUCAAACAUCCAUAUACUUGAAUGUGGAAAUGCUGCCUGCCUGUUGUCGUACUUUAUGUUAAUGUGAUACCGUGGAGUGCUCUCUAUUGUUUCUCUCUGCACCAUUUCCUAAAACAGUUUGCUAUUCUAGUUUUUUUUUUAUUUGACCUCUUUGAAAUGUUUAUAUGUUUCUUUGCCUGCAGUGAUUCUUGUAAUGUCAGAUGCCUCCGCCAAGCAGUUUUCUACAGAGGUAAUUUUUAUAAAGUUCAGCGCAGUACAAGAGCUGACUGUUAUUCCCAUAUAUUUAUACGGUUCAGGGCAAACUUCUCACUUCUCAAAAAACCCUUUUGAUUCACUUUCCUAUGUAUUACUGAAACCCCCUGUGUCACAGAGAGAUGCAUCUAUUUUUGUUUUCUAAUAUGGUUUAGUCUAAAUCUAGUUUGCAUUUUGAAGUAGAAUUUGCUGUGUAAUUCUAUUAUUUGAUCUGCAUAACUGAAUUAAUACUACUCUGAAUAAGAUAUUAAUAAUAAUACAGUGUUGGUAUUGCGGUACAGAAAGAUAAUGUAAUAACUACAGCAGUUUGAUCCCUUUUAUCAGACACCUUUUAACUUGUAUCCUUAUAUAUAAUAACUUAAUAUUAGUGUAGUGUUAGAGUGUUCGUUUCUAUUUAUUAUUGAUAUGCUGAUGUGUUAAACUGAAACGGAAAGCUCAAACAAAUGAAUAAUCCCUUUGUUCAUAUCAGCAGCUGAAGACUGGGUAAUAUUACCGACUCAUUCAAAGGUUGGUUUGCUACUUUAACACAGUCUAAAUUUGAUUGUGUUGUUGACUGUAAUUUAUUGAAAAAUGAUUUGAUCACAUUUUGCACUUUAGUUGCACUAACUGUGGUAAACAAUAUUUAUUGCUGAAUA